AUGGCUGCAGCCGCCGAGCCCCUGUCGAGCUCACUCGCACCGCAAGACCGGCCCUUCGAGAUCCGCGCCACUCCGAUCGGCUACCUCGGCGCGUUCGCAACUCGCCCCAUCCCUCGCGGCACCCUCGUCCUGCACGACCAGCCCUUGUUCACCCUCGACGCACCCCUCCAGGCCUACCUCUUCUCGCGCGCUCAGGCCGGUGCAAGCGGCGGGCCCACCCCGGUCGAGGGCGAGAGCGACGACGACGACAAGGGCCCGGCCAAGGACUUUGACGACUUCCUCGACCGCAACAUCCGCACUGUCCUCAGCUUCAAGACCGCACAGCAGCGCGCCGACUUCUGGGACCUCGCCAACACGCGGCCCGACCUCCCGCAGGCCCAGGCCAUCUUUGCGACCAACGCCGUCCAGACGUCGGGCGAGAUCGGCGGCAUGUUCCUCCUCCUGUCGCGCUUCAACUCGUCGUGCCGGCCGACCCUCUCUCGCCCAGCGUGGGACCCGUCGUCCGGCUCGACGCGCCUGUACGCCCUGCGCGACAUCGCCGAGGGUGAGGAGCUCACGUGGACGUACCUCAACGUCACGUUCGAGUUUGAGGGCGUCGACGCGCGCCGGGACGAGAUGCGGCGCGUGUUCGAGUUUGAGUGCUGCUGCCCGGCGUGCGGGCCCGGUACGAUGAGCGACGACGAGCGCAGGGCGAGCGAGAAGCGGCUCCUUCAGCUCAGGCGGCUCAAGGAGCGCAUGGCGUGCGAGGUCGGGCCGAGCGACGAGGACCGCGAGGCGAGGAGGGCACUGCUCGGCCGCAUGGCGGCGCUCUCGCGCGAGGAGGGCCUGUGGGAAACGGCCGACCGGCUCGAGCGUGUCCUCGAGGAGGCAUAGACUCGUGGGUGAGACGACGCUUAACUGCCUUAGACGCUUGUUGUUGUACGAUCUUGCCCUCGCAUUCUCUCUUUCUCUC